AUGAUAGUACUGCGUACAUCUACGGAACCGCAAGUAUUGAAAAAUUCGAAAACUCGUUUAGGUUACGAUGUUAAUAAAGCUAAUUUAAAUUAUCGUCAAAUAGCAACCAACGAUAUUAAUCAAGCUCUAAAAAAUCCAUUGUGCAAUUUAUGUUUAAAGUUUAAUUUUAAUGAUGGUACUGAACAAGAAUUAUUAUAUCUUACUGGUACAAUUCGUAUACAUUAUAAAGGCGUUUAUUAUCAUAUUCCAACUAAAAUUUGGAUAAAUAGUGACUAUCCACAAUCCAAACCUAUUUGCUAUAUUAAACCAACAUCAGAUAUGUGUAUUGAUAAAUCAAAUAAUCUCAUUCGUUCUGAUGGUUCAAUAUUAAACGUAUCUUAUUUGGAUAAUUGGAAAAGCAACGAUGAUCAGAUUAACAGAAAUUUAUCAGAUUUAAUUACUGAACUUUCAAAUGUAUUUAGUAGAAAACCUCCUGUCUACUCUAAUUACAAUACAUCAACAACAAUUAUUAAAAAUAACGCCAAAGAUAUUCAGUGUUCUAACUCUUUACCAUAUCCAUUAGCAGAUUAUGGUAUGCCUCAACCACAAAAAUAUACAUCACUGAAUCAUAAUUAUACAAUAUCACCAUCAUCACUUAAUACAGAGAAAUUCAAAUUAUUACAGAGUAAUACACAAAAAGUAUCACGCGCAGAUAGUAAGGAUGAUUCAUCAAAGGAUAAAUGUAUUAUCUGUAUGGAUUCAUCUAUUGAUUGUGUUUUAAUUGAAUGUGGACAUAUGAUAUCAUGUUUAAAAUGUUCAAAGUCAUUUCAUUCAUGUCCAGUAUGUAGACGACAAAUUGUGAAAGUUAUUAAAGUUUAUAAAUCAUAA